GCAAUGAGUUCGAGCAAACCGCACGGCGAUGGCCUGUCCGAUCGAGGCGGAAGCGAAGGCGCCUCCGCCACUCGACGAGGCCCUGCUCUACGGCCUCAGUAUAUGACUGUAGGAUCUGGGUCCACAUCUGAGAGCGCCGCACGACUUCAGGCGAUCUUGGACGAAGAUUCUGGAUAUGGAGGAAGCGUCACGGGCGACGAGUCGAUGCAGAAUGUAUGGCAUCCGGGUCCAACGGCCGAUCGCUUCACACCAGAACACACACCACUUGGACCUGGCGAGAGCAAUCCUGCCUCAGAGCACGAAAAGCAUGCGCUCGCAAGCCAUGUGCAUCAGCUGUUCUACAACCAGAACCGUACGGCGCUUGGCCGCGCGAUCAACCAGACGGUGGAGACAUUGAAAAAGUUGCAGGAGAUGAAUGCAAAAUGGCCAGCGCAUUAUCCGACCGUACAGCGACCACCAUCACCGCCCGCCGCGAGACCGGAUGCUCGGCCUGGGAUGAUACAUACACAGUCGACUGUGGGUGUCGAUCGCGCAGUCGCACCGUCUGUCCGUCCUAAGCCUCCACAACGUGCUGGAACAUCUCUAGGAGAGCUUGGCGAGCACCCGUCACCAACACCCGAAGCAACCUCGCCUAAAGUCGAGCCACGGCUCGUCACACCACAGCUUGCUCGAGAGUUCUCAGUACUCAAGAUCGAAUUGAAGAUGGAGGGACUGCCGCAAGCGGAAAUUGUACACUCGCUCGAAAAGGCAUCUGUGGCCUCUCUGUUGGACAAUCAGAUCAACAACAGCAUACGGCAUCUCUUUGCCCUGCGAGAACGAAUCGAGGACACCUCCAGCAAAGUCCUGGUAACAGGUGAUCUGAACGCUGGCAAGUCGACCUUUUGCAAUGCUCUUCUGCGGAGGAAGGUCCUUCCUGAGGAUCAGCAACCUUGCACAAGCAUUUUCUGCGAGGUGCUGGAUGUCCGAGAGAAUGGUGGCAUUGAGGAGGUUCAUGCAAUUCCUCAUGGGUCAUCUUACAACAGGAACGAUGAGAGCUCGUACCGGGUCUUCCAAUUGAAGCAGCUUGAGGACAUCGUGGUUGAUAGCGACCACUACUCUAGCUGCAAGAUCUACAUCAAGGACAUCCGGACUGUCGACCAGUCAUUGCUAAACAAUGGCGUGGUUGACAUUGCUUUGAUUGACGCCCCUGGUCUGAACAACGACUCACUGAAGACCACUGCGGUAUUUGCUCGACAAGAAGAGAUCGAUGUUGUCGUGUUCGUUGUUUCAGCCGCCAACCACUUCACAUUAUCCGCAAAGGAGUUCAUCUUCAACGCUGCUCAGGAGAAGGCUUACAUGUUCAUGGUCGUCAACGGCUUCGACAACAUCCGCGAUAAGAAUCGAUGUCAAGAGAUGAUCCUCAAGCAGAUUGCUCAUCUGAGCCCCGCCACGUUCAAGGAGUCUUCCGAGCUCGUUCAUUUCGUUUCUAGCAAUGCCAUACCAGUCUCAUCACCCCCAGGUGGCCCCGGCGGCAACAUCGGCGCUGGUGGCUCAGGUGGCGGCGCAUCCUUCGAUGGUGGCGAUGACAGGCCUGGACCCGAUCAUGAUGACGAUGAGCCGUCCGGUAAGCACGGCGAUUCUGGUACUCCACCGGAUAAGAAAGGCAAAGGGAAGCAGAAAGAGGCCGAGAACGACUUUGGUGAGCUAGAAGCAUCACUCAGACGAUUCGUACUCGAGAAGCGAGCUCGAUCGAAGCUGGCGCCUGCGAAGACGUAUCUUAUGAAUGUCCUGGGUGACUUGGGCACUCUAGCCACGGUGAACAAGGACGUCGCACAGAAUGAGCUCGACCGUGUUACUGAAGAGCUCCGCAAUCUGGAACCCGUGUUUGAGAAGUCGAAGAAAGCACGAACCGAGGCCGACGAAGCUGUCGCGAAUAACAUCGACCAGACAUCGAACGACGUCUACGCUUUGACACGAUCGAGCAUCACCGACAUCAUCUCUCGAGUGGCAGAGAGCGAUCUCGGAGUCGAAUAUCCGGGCGCUUUUGGCGCGUAUAACUAUGCCGAUGACCUCAAAGCGGCAAUGUUGAAUCAAAUCACGGAAACUGUACGAUGGUGCGAGGAGCGUGCGAGGGAGAAGACGGUUCAAGGCGUCAGUGGUAUCAAAAAUCUCGGCAUCAUGCAUCUACAGGACAAAUACGUGGAUCUCACAUUCCGAUCAGAGAAGAUGUUCAGAAGUCGCCGAGAUGCUCUCGCUCGACAGGUUGACUUCGAAGCGGAGAUCUGGGACUUCUUCGACGUCGCAGGUUUGUGGCAACGGCAAGAAAAAGUGGCCGGUACAAGCAUGGCCGUUACAGUCGCCGGCGUUGUGGGUGGCCGAAUGCUCGGUGGUGUAGGGUGGAUGGACGGCGCUCUGACUGCGACAAAAUUGGUUGGAUCGAGCAAUCUCCGGCGACUAAUCAUCCCGGGCUUGAUCUUGGCUGUCUCCCUCAGUAUAUCCUACGCGGUCUCCCAGAUCCCUAACUCCCUUCCCAAACGGCUCAGCACCAAGCUCUCCGCCCAACUCGCCGCGCUUGACUACACCCACUCAAACGCGCACCGCAUCAGCUCCGAAGUCCGCCGCGCGCUCAAGUACCCGGCCGACAAGCUCCGCGAGGGACUGCAGCGCAGCGUCGAGCAUAUCCAAGAACAGAAAAAGGAGACCGACAAGAUCAAGACUGAGAGCGAGGUGGCCAGGAAAUACUUUGGCAAUCUGGUGCGGGAGAGCGCGGACAUCCGCAUUCGAGUUCAGAGAGUGGACCUGGAGGGUCCGGCGCCGGGCAUCGCGGCGAGUUAUGACAUGUAA